AAUGAGUUCAUAUAUUAUAGCAGGCAGUUCUGAUAAAGUAGAUACAGCUGAAGUAUUCUCUAUUCUUUUAAACUUAAUAGUGUGAGAACAUGGCCAAUCUAAUUAGACAAUAUUAUCCAGAAAUCUCAUUCAAAAUUGUAUUGAAAGAUCUAACUUAAUGGGAAUAAUAUGCUGAUGAGAUAUGUAGAAUAUAUGGAUUUAAAUAAAAAAGUAAUCCCAUCAUAUAUACAAUGGAUGGAUGUCUAAUUGGAGACAGAAAUGUAUUAUUAUGCAAAUCAUUUAGGCAUUUAUUUCAUUAGCAGAGAGUAGAUUUGGUUUCUCUGAUCCAAAAUUAAGAUAAGGACCUAUUACUCCUGAUGUCAAUAAGAAAAUAGCCAAAUAAGAAUUGGAUCUAAAAUUAAAAUUAUAGAGAAACAAGAAAACAUUAGUUGAGAAAAUAGAAUAACAGAUGCUUAUCAUUUAUUCUAAUAAUAUUGUAUAACCAACAGAUGGUGUAUUCAAAUAGUCAUUUAAAAGUGGUGUCAAAGAAAAAUUGAAGACUUGGUAUGAUUCACUAAAUAAUUUAAUACGAACAGAUGUCAAACGUAACUUAUCAACUGAUAGUAUUUACUCAUCUAGUUUUAGAAAUGGAAUGAAGGUGAUUCCUCUAUUUAAUUUUAGUUCCUAUAUAAAUUUGAUGAUAGAUUGAGACCAAUCAAAAAAUUAUAAGAAUCUCAUUAUUUUGAAGAAAAUAAAGAAACCAUAUAAGAAUCUAAUUAUGUUGAUGUUGAAGUCAAAGAAGAUGGUAAAUUAGUAAUCAAACAAAUAUUAUGGUUUAGUGAAACAGCCAGAUUUCUUACUUUAGAAUAAGAAUAAUUAUAAUAAUAAUUAUAAGAAUUGGCAUAAUAGAGAGAGAGGGAAUAAUCUCAUAAGAAUAGUAAUAAUAUAUUAUCAUUAAGGCAUAAUUUCAUCUGAUAUUAGAAGAGACAAUAAUGAAAUAAAUGAUAUAAACUCAUCUCCUAAGGCAACAAUUUAAACUUAACCAAUUGUUGAAUAACCUAAUGAAGAUGGGGAAUAAGAUAUCAUAAAAAAUGAUUAGAUUGAAGAUCUUUAAUAGAUUGAUCAAUAAGUUACUGAUUAAUAAUAAGAAUAAAUUAAUCCAACUAUUGAACAAUAAGAAUUAGAUUAAGUUUAAUCUAUUGGAGAUGGAGGAGCUAUAAUGGAUUUAUAAGAAGAUAUUGAAACUAUCUUAAACAAUAAUUAAGAAAAACCAGACAAAAUUGAUGUGUCAGAAUUAUUUGUUCAUAAGUUUAGAAAUCAAUAUGCAUUAAUUUUACAUCCAUUUCCAUUAAUGGAUGGUUAAAUGUUGUUAUGUAAACCUAUAGAUAAUCAUAUUGAUGAUUAUAGUUGUAUUAAAAGAGGAAGAAUAAAUUCAUACAAGAAAAGUAGUGCAUAAUCAAAUUGUGAAGGAUUAUAUGAGCACUAAUUAGAUAUAUUUAAAUCAAUUACUAUUUAAGAUUGUGAAGUUGUUACCAAAAUUAUUAAUAAAUGUGAUGCUUUAGUUGUUUUGAAUAUUCUUCCAUAAGAUUUAGAAUCAUUUUUACCAUUAUCUAAUGGACAUUAUUCUAUUAUUUUAAGAUAACAUGCAGAAUUAAAUAAAGCUAAUAAGAAAUUGUUUAAAUUCUUAAAUGAAAAGAAAGUAUAAGUUAAUUAUAAACAAUUAAUGCCAAUUGAAGAAUUUAUACUUGAUCAAAGAAGUUAAUGUUAUGAAGUACAAAGAGAAGUAUUUAAACGUAAAAUUUAAAUAAUAAUAAUGUAGUUAAAUCUUUGGAUAUUCAACAUUACUUUGCAUUCCCUCCAUAGAUUUUAACAGCUGAAUCUGUUAUGGAUAUUAUAUUGAAGAUUAUGUCAAUAAUUUUGGAUUAUGAUCAUAGUAAUCUAAUAUAUUAAUAUUUAGCUGCUGCCCUGAAAAUGGGAUUUAAUUUAUUAAUAAGUAAACACAUAAUAUUUUUAUGUCCAACAUUUUCCAAUUAUGAUAAUAUAGAUGGAUUUAAAUUACAUCUUUAAGCAUUUACAGCUAUGGGCUUUCUCAAUCUACCAACAGGAAGUUCUUCAAUCAAUUUCUUUGAUCUAUUGUAAAAAGCUCAAGAAAAGGUUUAAUCAUGA